ACCACGCCCAACUAAGAAUGUCCCAGAGUGAAGAGGACAUCGACAGUGAUGCCACUGUGUUGGAGGAGGAUGCAGCUCCCAAUCAGCCAGCAAACGCUGCUUCUCCACAGGCACAGGAUUCGCAGUUUGCUCCACCAUGCUCACUGCAUGUGUCCGAGUCACCGGGGGCAACAGCUUCACCCCCUCCCUCCCCCUCCAUCCUGCACUCCAGUCUGAAGCACCUCAUCCAACAACGUUGCAACUCCACCAGGAACCUGACAACAGACAUGGAGGAAAGUAAAGAUCAAUGUUCUGAUGAUGAAAUGUCUCAAGAGUUUCCUCCUCUCCCAACAAGUGACAUGCUCAGAACCGGUCCUCCACAACCAGUGGACACCCAAGGAGCUACACAAGACACACAAAUAGAUGAACCUUCAAAAGACAAUCCGAACGUUGAACUAACCGUGCAAUCUGUUUCAACUAUGUCUCAAUCUUUUCAAGCUAUUGAAGUACCCUCACAAUUAAAGUUAAGCUCUGAACAACCCACAUCAACCAACCCAUCGCCCUUAGAGGCUAUUGCACAGAAACAGACAAUCCUCCUGCAAAUACUCAAGCAACUUACACUGUCUAAAAUUACAGAUCAACAGUUAACCCAGGUAAAGGCUCAAGCUGCUAGUUUUGAACAGAGUCUCGAGAGCAUUGGCACUGCUAACCAGACGGAACGCAAAAGACUAGCUCAAGCUCACUCCACUCUCUCUCAGCGGGUCACCUCACAGCAAGAGCUUGUUUCAGAAAGCCAAGCCCUUCAGCGACAACUUCUCAGUCUGACCAAGAAGCAGAAGCACCUUCUCGAGUGUGUUUCGAGACAGAAGGAGAUACGAGCUCAGCUGGCUGCCCUCCCUAAGACCAUCGCCACUCAACUGACCCUCCAUCCUAAGACCACCACCACUCAGAAGAAAAGCACAGAUACACAAACUACUGUUACGGAAAUGUCUCAGAAUGUUCAGCCCUCAAUGGCCUCUCUGCACGUUUCCACAAGCACUUUAUCAAAUCGAUCAGUUUUGCCAACCAUGGCCCCCACGAAUGUCCAAAUUCGACCAGAGGUGCUUCUGAAGCCAGUGGCUGUCAAGACUACGUCCUCAGCUGACCUGGGUGAGCCUGUUCCCUUGGACACACUCAUCAAACACGGGUUCAUCCAGCCAGGUCCAAACACCCUCUCUUGCCUUAUAGUAGGCUGCCAAUUCAAGACCUCCCUGUUAGCUGAUGGCACUCUUCAGAUCAGCAGAGGGGAGACUGUAUAUCAUCAGCCGCAGCACUGGGUCAAGGCUUGCUGGGCACAACUCGGUCAUCCUAAUAAGAAAAUUGCCAAGAAGCUAGCAUACACCACUGUGCUGUACAAAGAGACACCGCUGAUCAGCUAUUGUGAUGAGUACAGUAUCAAGCAAGUGUCCAGCUAUCUCAGUCAGAGGACUGCUGAUGGUGGAACAGACUCGAGGAAGGUGAACAGUCGUCCUGUGCCAGGUCUGGAGAAGAGUCAGAUCAGUCAGGCUACCAGUGUGAGCAGUGCAGUAACUACCAGUGCUCCACAGCCUCAGGCCACUGAUUGUGCCCCACACUCGUCCGCCGGUACGUUCAACCUGGGCCAGCUGCUGAGAGAAGGUUCGGUCCUACUCCUCCCCCCAGUAGUCAGGGGGUGCUCCACUAGCCUGACCCUACCCCAGGGAUUUUGGUCCAAUAGAGAGGUGUCCCUCACUCCGCAGCUGGUCUCUCAGAUACAGUCAGAUUUGGAGUGGUAGUAAAAUGGACACUUCACACUGUUAUAGGAUUGACCGUUUUACCAGUGUAUACGUAUUUAUCUAAUCGUCAUUAUAUAUGUCUUGGCUUCAUUAUCACUUAUAUAAUUUAUUUAUUAUCAUCCAAUAAUAUUACAAAGAGACAAUAAAAGUUAUGACAAUGAAAAAUAUGAUCAUUAAA